AUGGGUCUUCAACAGAUUGCUCUCGACUUGUACAGCGAUAUCGACUUCAACGAUAAGAAGUUUCAAACUUCCUUGUUCUUUAUUAUCUUUAACCCGCUCUACUGGAACUUCGGGGCCAGGGUGGAGUACUACACCAAGGCGUUGUCAACGCUCUUCUUCGGCUCGAAGAAGCUGGCCGUCUACGUUUUCUCGCUGACCGUGUUCACCUUGGGCUUGUUCAGGGACGAGAUCUACAGAGCAGCAAUCUCGGAGCAGGCCACGUCGCCGUACCUUGACAACGCCCCAUGCAAGCUUAUCGGCUUGUCCUCGUUCGCGUACGGCUCCACUUUGGUCUUGGGCUCCAUGUACAAGUUGGGCAUUGUCGGUACCUACCUCGGAGACCACUUUGGCUUUUUGUUUGACGACAGAAUCGUCGACUUCCCUUUCAACAUCUGCGACAACCCUAUGUACGAUGGCUCCACCCUUUGCUUCCUCGGUACCGCCUUGUUCUACGGUAAGCCGGCCGGCCUUUUUGCCACCGCCUUGGUGUACACCAUGUACCAGAUCAUCUUGUUGAUUGAAGAACCCUUCACCGCCAUGAUCUACUCCAAGAGAGAAGAGAAGAAGAAAUGA